AUGGCUACGAAGGCUGUAGCUCGCGUUAGAAAGAAGGACAUUGUGAAGGUUGUCCAUGGGGCGCUGCUAAGAACAAAUAUCAGAGCUCAAAUGGCUUCUGCAGCCCCUCCGUUGGGUCCACAACUUGGUCAGCGUGGUUUGAACGUUGCUAAUUUCUGCAAGGAAUUCAACAAAGAGACUGGACAUAUAAAACCCGGUAACUUGUUAAAGCUUCUUCUGCGAUUUUCUAGUAAAAAUAAUUAG